AUGGAUGAAGAACCCAUAAUUUAUAGUAUUACUACUCUAAACCAGGAUUUUCAGCAGAGGCAUACACCAAAAAAUAUUAAGCAUAAAUUGGAUCCAAAUGAAUUGCCAUUAACCAAGAAGAAGCUGAAACACCAGAAGCCUUGUAAAAGACAGCUCAAAAAUAUAGCAGAAGAUGUCAAUGAUGAAGGAGAUGUCUUGCCUCUUCCAUGGAGACUCAUUUCUAGCAUGCUGGGUGUCUUGUGCCUUCUCCUAAUGGCCACGGCCAUUGUGGUAGCUGUUGUUACUGCAAACUCGUCUUCCAAAAAACCACCUCUCAAAAUCCAGCAGAAAGAGAACCUGUGUCUUGGACCUCAGUGUCAUUCUUGUCCAGAGAAUUGGAUUUGGUUCAGAUGUAGCUGUUACUACUUUUCCAAGGAAGAGCUAACUUGGAGAGAGAGUCAAAGUGCCUGUUCAUCUCUAAAUUCCAGUCUCAUCAAGAUAAACAAGGAGGAGAUGCAUUUCUUCUCCUUAAAAUCUUUCUUUUGGAUUGGAGUCUACUAUAAUGAAACUGGCAGGCACUGGCUGUGGGAAAAUGAUUCACUUCUGCCUUCUGAUAUGUUUUCUCUUUCUACACCUACAUUAAGACAAAACUGUCUAUCUUACAAAUCGAGAGAAGUUUAUUUAAGUGAAAGCUGUGGAAUUAAACAGACUUACAUUUGUUGA